AUGUCGUUGAAUAACCAACUUAAUAUUGCUAAGUUAUUUGCUGAAGCUAAUAAUGAACCCAUGGAAGAAGGAACAGCUCUUGAAAAAACUACUGCUGAUAAUUUACCAGAUGAAACUCCAAAAUUUCCAAAAAUCGAAAUUUCACGUUUAAAAUUUUAUGCAACACAUCCAAAUAUAUCUCAAGAGAAAAAGAAUGCCUAUUUAAAAGAGUUAUUUGAAUUUAUCUGUAAGUAUGACAUGGCACCAUUUUAUGAAGAUCUUUGCCUGGAAUAUGGUUUAAAGAAAGAUGAACAAGUUCUUAAACAGAUGAAAGAGAAAAAUGAAAAACGCCUAUCUGAUAUAUCAAAAGAAUUAGAAGAUGCUGAAAUUAAUUUAGGUGAGACUGAAGUUAGACAAGCUUUACAAAAAAGGGCUGAAUAUUUAUGUCAAAUUGGAUGUAAAGAAAAAGCUGUUGAAGCUUUUGAAGCAACAUUUGCUAAGACAGUUGGUAUUGGUUUAAAAAUCGACAUUGUCUUCUGCCUUGUUCGUAUGGGAUUAUUUUUCAAUGAUUCAGUUAUGAUUGAAGAAAACAUAACAAGAGCUCAAAAAUUAAUUGAAGAAGGUGGGGAUUGGGAAAGAAAAAAUAGACUCAGAUCUUACGAAGCUAUUUAUAAAUUAGCAAAUCGUGAUUAUGAAAGAGCUGGUGAAUUGUUUGUUGCUGCUGUACCUACUUUUUCAGCUUAUGAAUUGAUGUCAUAUGAAGAUUUAGUUUUUUAUACAAUUCUUACAACUAUGGCUACAAUGCCAAGGAGAGAAUUAGCUGAAAAAGUUAUAAAUUGUAAUGAUAUACAGGAACAAAUUAGUUAUGUAGAUACUGAAAAGAAUGCUCAUACUAUUACAGCUGGAAAAUUUUUAAGAGCUCUUUAUGAUUGUAAUUAUGACAAAUUUUUAAAGAUUCUUUGUGAUCUCGAGGAUAAGUUUUUAAUUAUUGAUCCAUAUUUUUAUGAGCAUAUUCAUUAUUAUUCUCGUCACAUAAGACUAGUUGCUUAUGAACAAUUUCUUCGCCCAUAUGCAAGCAUCAAAAUUCAGAUGAUGGCUGAUAGUUUUGGAAUACCAAAGGAGAUUCUUGAUAAAGAGCUCCAUGAAAUGGCUGCUAGUGGAUUAUUAAAUUGUCGUAUUGACAGUGUUGAAGGAAAUGUCGUUAUGCAUGUUGCUAAUAAAAAGACAUCAUCUUUUAAAAUUUUACUUAAAGAAGGAGAUGCCGUUAUUAAUAGAAUACAAAAACUAUCCAGUGCUAUCUAUAAUUAA